AUGAGAAUGAACAAACGUUCUCAAAAGUUUGGUUGGAAUCGCAUCCUCACUGUAGUUCCUCCUCUAAUAUUAUUAUUAUUAUUGUUGAAUCUCUUCUUCCUUUCUGAUGCAACCUAUCAACAACAACAACCACCACCUCCUUCUUGGUGUCAAAAACUUUUAGCCCAACAAACGGCCGAAUCCUUUUCCUUGUGUUCAACAUCCUCAUCCUCAUCGUCGUCGUCGACAACUUCUCUCAAUACAGUUUCAUGGUGUUCACAACAAAAUUUCAAAUCCUCUCAACCCAUUACCUUCCGAGAUAAUGAUAUUUUCAAUUGUGCCGAUGAUCGAUCCAAAUGUCUCUCCAAACUCAUUGGUUCCAAUCAACAAUUUUUAAUUACCAUGACCAAUGACAAUUACAUUUGUAUGAAAGAUGUUUCUGGAGAUAAUAAUAUGAAAUUGUUGAGAGAAGUAUUCAAUCCUAACAAUGGUUCUGUUUCUCAAAUCGUGGAUGAAUCUGCCACUUCACCAGAGAACACUCGUUGUUAUCACGUGACUGGUGUGAAACCUGUGGAAAUGGGAACAACGACUUUGAGUGAAGUAUUGAUCGUCUUGACCAAUCAAUAUGUCUUUGCCAUUUCAAUGGAUACUGAAAAGGUAGUUGGAAGUGCUGUCAUUCGUAACACUGCCAUUCAAAAGAUGAUCGAAAGACCCACUUUGAUGGCCGUCGCAAAAAAUUCAAACAAUGACGCUUUGAUUUAUGUGGUCACAGCAGAUCAGAAAUUGAAUAGUUAUACAUUGACAAUUGCGAAUGGCGUCUUGUCUCUCACAGAUAAUCAAAAAUCAAUGGAUUUGAGAUCUUCAAAUUUAAUGGGUAAUUCGGAGGUGGUUCAAGAUUUUCAAGCCAUUUCCUAUAAAGAUGCUGCCACGAGUACCAUGAUGGUCAUGUCGUAUGGUCCAAUCUCUGCCACCGAUUCGAAACCUUCCACAAGUGGACUUUUAAUCUUCAAAGCUGGUAAAUUAACCAUUCGAAAAUGGACCUUUAGUGAAAAGACUCUUGAAAAGAAAAUUUUUGGUUUCACACAUGGAACUUUUGACGCUACUUAUUCCGACAAUGCAGAUUGUCAUCCAAUUGCUACAAGUAGAGCAUUGCUUUUCAUUGCCUCUCCUUCUCAGAUCAAUUUGAUUCAACUCUACGAUCGAGAUUUAGCUGACGAACUUGAUCUCACUUCCAAGAAAACUCUUGUCUACACUCACAGUGUCACCGGUGAAAAUAUUUAUAGUGUGGCUGGUUUUUCUGAAUGUUAUGGUGACAGGGCGAAAAAGUCACAAAUGAUUUGGAUGGUGGUCGCAUUUGCUUCUUCAAGUGGAACUCCAAAUGGUGGUUUGGUUUCCAUCUUGCUUCCAGAAGCUGCCUCUAUUGAUGUUGCCACAACCACUGAUGUCGAUGCAUUGGGAAUUAGUUCCAGCACUGCUUGUCCAACUGUUUGGGAUGGUUCCAAUGAACCACAAUACAGACCUAGUGGUAGCAGUUCUUCAUCUUGCACGAAAAGACCAAGAACAGUCAUGAAAGCAUUGAGUGGAACCACUGCCCUUCCAUCUCGAAUUACUGUUGGAAUGUAUCGAACUUCUUCUGAUGUGAAAACUUCACCUCCAAAUGCUGCCAAUUCUUUUUAUCAUGUUCUUUUUGUGGCCAUGAGAGAAAGUAUUGAAGUUUAUCUCUUCCAAGAGAAGGCAUGUCAAGAUUCGACCAGUACAAAUGGUUUUACUGUUCCAUUUGUGAAUACACUUGCAUCGGUGUUGUAUAGCGACGCAAAAGUGAAUGACAUUUCUGUCUCAAGCAAUGCUCAACAUGUUUUUGCAGUUUUGGGAAGAAAGGCCUUUGAUAUUGAUGGAAGAACUCGAUUGGAUGACAUUUGCAAAUUAUUGAACUCUGCUAAUCCUCCUUCUGCAUUGAGCUCUUUCACAGAAAUUUGUAAAAAGUAUCCAACCAAGUACAAUGCGUUUGAUUUUAUUGGAUACUACUCGAUGUGUAAUGGUGGAUUCAAUUGUCCAAGAUUUGGUGACUCUGGAGAUAUGAUCACCAACUCCAUUACUACCAAUGCUCCUGUCGUUUCAAUCUCUCCUGGAAAUCACGUCAUUCGUCCAACGAUUGUCUAUGCAUGUGAAAAGGGUUACUAUUGUCCUGACACUAAGGACGGACGUCGAAGAAUUUGUCCAGUGGGUUUCAAAUGUAAUAGUGAACAAUUAGUGGCACCUGUCAAAUGUUCCAUUUCUUCUGAUUAUAGCAAAACUUGUGAAGUGGAAGGAAGUAUUGAUGAAACAAGAUGUCCUGAUGGUAAAGUUUGUGUCAAUCCAAUGAUGUCACUCUAUGUUCCUCCAGGUUAUUUCACACGAGAGUCCAGAAGUAGUCUCUUUGCAUGUCGAAAUGGUCAAUACUGUCCAUUAGGUACUCAAGGUUCUGACAAGAAUGGUGCCUUCAUUGUCAACGCUUGUCCUGCUCUCAAUUAUUGUAGUAAUACCUAUUCUGUGACACCAACUCCAUGUUUACAACAAGUUGGAAACAAGACUCAAUAUUGUCCUCUUGGAACUUUUGGUGACGGUGAACAUUUGUGUCCUCCUGGUUACUAUUGUCCAUCUCUCACUCAAAAAGUAUUGUGUGAAGAUGGUUAUUAUUGUCCUGAAGGUACCAAAGAACCUGUGGCUUGUACUGCUGGUAACUAUUGUCCAACGACAAGUUCCAUGCUCUUGUGUCCAUCUGGUUACUAUUGUGCUGUUGGUUCGACUUAUCCAAAACGUUGUCAAUGGUUUGCCUAUUGUGCACAAGGUUCUGUGAAACAACAAAGUUUCUAUUUGGGAAUUCUACUCAUGUUCUUGGUGGUCAUUCUCGUAUUGAUCGUUUUCAUUGUCGCUCGAUGCAUCACCUCUUCCUACAAGAAGAAGAAAAUGAAACAAAAAAAGAUGAAACAAGAAAAGGAAAUUCAAGGACAAAAUGCAUUGACCAUGGUUGGAUUGAAUAUUGCCAAUUUUAUUUCAGGCAAUGAACCAUUGAAUCAGUAUGACUCUAAUACUGGAGGUAUUGUGAAUGAACCUCCCUUCUCAAAGAAAAACUUUACCAUUGAUUAUUCCUUUGAAGAUUUAUCAUAUGUGAGAAAGAAGAGUGAAGAAGUGAUUUUUGAAGGUGCCACUGGUCGUAUCUAUCACGGAAGAACCACAUGUAUCAUUGGUGUGAAUUAUGAAGCAUCACUUGCAUUGCUUCACACUCUCGCUGGUCGUCACCAUUUUGGUUUUGUUCAUGGUAAAAUUUUGGUCAAUGAACAAUUGAAGGAUCCACAUGAAUUUAGAAAUGUCAUUUCAUUGGCUCCAAAACAAUUGAAUAUGGCUAAGGAAUUGAAGGUUCAUGAAUUGUUGAGAUUUUCAGGUCACGCUCGUUUGCCAUCUCAUUACACCUACAGUCAAGUUGGAAGACGUGUCGAAAAGACUUGUAAAGUAUUGGGAAUUGAAAACUUUAUGUACGAUUCGAUUGGCUCCACAAAGAAACAUGGACUCGAUGAGGAUUUGAGAGUUUUUGUCAAUUUGGCAGUUGAAAUGGUUUCUGAUCCAGUUUGUCUCUUUAUUGAAAAUCCAUUUGAUGAAAUUUCACUCGAACGAAAGAAAUUCCUUUGUAAGGCACUCAAAACAGCUGCUGAAUCUGGUAUGACUGUUGUUGUGACAAUGGAUCGUCCAAGAAAUGACAUUUUCCAACUCUUUGAUGAUUGUAUCAUUUUGGGAAAGACUGGAAGUGUUGUUUAUAAUGGACCAACCAAAGAUGCUCUUCGAUUCUUUGAAGAAAUUGGAUUCAAAUGUCCAAAUUAUGCCAAUCCCCCUGAUUUCUUUAUUGAUGUUUGUUUAGGAAAUGUCGAACGACCUGGUGAUCCUAAUUUUGAACCUGAACGAUUGUUACACUUGUGGGAUUUGAAGAAGGAGGAAAAUUUCAAGAAAUGGGCCAAAUCAAGAGCAGGUAAAGACAUUCUCGAUGCUUCUUCACAAACUCCUCAAGAAGAAGAAGACGACGAAAUUGGUGCUCAAGUCAUUGAUCCUCAUCAAGUUCUCGUCAAUAGUGAAGUUGCUCGUGAAAGACAACGAAAACCCAUUGGAUUUUUAGGUCAAUAUUUGUUAUUCUCACUUCGUGCAUUACUUCAAUUGACUCGUCACUACAAGGGAGUUUUCUUUGAUUUCUUCUUCCAUUUCGUUUUGGCUACUAUUAUUGGUGCCUUUUAUUUCAAUAUGGAUUUCCAAGGACCAAUGAGUGACACUCUUCAAAAAUUAUGUCCAACCUUUAUUAGUAAUCAAUGUGCACUUCCAAGAGUGGAUCGAAUUGCUCCAAUGAGUAUUAUUACAGUAUCUGCCAUUGCUAUUGCAGCCAUGCAAUCUUCAUUGAAAUGUUUUGGAGCAGAUAAGGAUUUGUAUCGACGUGAAGCAGAGAAUGGUAUUAACAAGAUGAGUUACUUUUUAGGAAAAUUGACAGGUGAAAUUCCAUCCUUGUUGAUUUAUCCAUUGGUCUUUGUCACCUUUUGGUACAUUUUGGUGAAUCCUGAAGCUGAAUUUUACACUUAUUAUGGUCUCUUCUUGUUGUAUGAAAUUGUGUUCAGCACUUUGGGAUAUUUCAUUUCAGUUUUUGUUCAAAGAACUCAUGCUGAAUUUGUUGGUGUAAUUUACAUCUUGUUGUCAGCACUUCUUGGAGGUGUUCAACCAACAGUUCGUUUAAUGACUAAGGAAUGGUAUUCUUUGAUUUUGGUAUGCUUGUCACCUGUCAGAUGGGGAGUCGAAUUAAUGUACACAGUUGAAAUUAGAAAAUAUCAAGAGAGUAAUCAAAAUGUUCAAUCAGCAUUGGAUAAUUAUGGAUUCUCUUAUAGAGCUUUCUUCCUCUCACCUGUCAUUUUAAUUUGCAUUUCCAUCAUCUUCCUUGUCAUGUGUUUCAUUGGUUUAGUUUUCAGAGAUCCACAAGCUGUUGAACGAAUGAAAACACUUACUAGAGUUUACAUUCGAAAGGGUAAGAGACGUUUGAAGAGACUCAAGAGUGAGAGAAAGAACACUGGUGAAUAUGUAUUCCAACACGAAAGUGAAAUUCAAGUGUUGCAAGACGAAGAGAGUGAAUCGGACGAGGAUGAUGAAUUAUUGCUUGCACAAGAUCAAGACAAUUAUCAACCACCAGCCAUAGAAAGUAUCACUGAAGUGCAGCAACAAUAA